AGCUGUAUUUAGAAAAGAAUUUUGUUUAGCCUUCAACAGUCGAUAUAUUGGCCUUCAUCUCUUCUGAGACAUCUGAUAUAUAUUGGCCUUCUACUUUUCAAUUAAACAAUCACAAAUUCCUUCAUUUCAUCUAGUUCGAUCAUUCCUUUUUUUCUUUCUAGGAAUCGCUCGCAAAACGUCUUUUUUCUUCUCCUGUUUUAACAAAGGUGAUUUAUCUCUCUCCCUUUUUUCCUCCAUUGAUUUAUACUUUAUGUUCUAGAUUUCUAGAUUUUCAAUUUCUUUAGCAGAGCAUACAGAUUUGAUUUUCUAGUAAUUUCAAAUUUAUUUUGAUUUGAUUUUUCUUAAUUUUACGGGAAAUGAUUUUUAAAGCUAGAGUCAUAGGUCAAUAGCCCGAGACCAUGCGAAAUGAUUAUCACCUAGUAGCAAUACAUGGGUAAUUAAGUUUCCUGGUUGAUCACCAGAAGCUAGAUAAUAGGGAGAAGAAGGAUCUAUCUUACCUUCAACUUCCAUUGAAACACAGAGGCAAGAAAAGUGAAAAAAAAAAAAGUUUGGAUGGUAGGGUUUGCUACAGCUCUGAUACAAGCUAGGAAUUAGGGUUAAUCAUGUCGUUUUUCAGAGGUAUUUCAAAGCUCUCAAAACUACGCUCUCGAGUUGACCAACAAUCAUGCCUUAGCAGUUCUGUAAGAUGGAUUCAGAUGCAAAGCUCCUCCAAUCUUGACCUUCGAUCAGAGUUACAAGAACUGAUUCCACAACAGCAGGAACGAUUGAAGAAAAUAAAGAAAGAACAUGGAAAUGUCCAGCUUGGAAACAUUACUGUUGAUAUGGUUUUGGGCGGAAUGAGAGGAAUGACCGGUUUACUUUGGGAAACUUCCUUACUUGACCCUGAAGAGGGCAUCCGGUUUAGAGGUUUAUCUAUUCCUGAGUGUCAGAAGCUUCUACCAACUGCGAGUCCUGGUGGGGAGCCAUUGCCAGAAGGUCUUCUUUGGCUUCUUUUGACGGGGAAGGUUCCAAGCAAAGAGCAAGUAGAUACACUAUCAGCAGAAUUGCGAGAACGUGCUUCAGUCCCAGACCAUGUGUUCAAAACAAUUGAUGCGCUUCCAAUUAAUGCUCAUCCAAUGACUCAGUUUGCUACUGGUGUUAUGGCCCUUCAGGUGAAAAGUGAAUUUCAAAAGGCAUAUGAGAAAGGAAUCCAUAAGUCGAAGUUUUGGGAACCAACAUUUGAGGACUGUCUUAGUUUAAUUGCUCAAGUUCCUAUUGUUGCAGCUUAUGUUUAUCGACGGAUGUAUAAGAAUGGACAAACUAUACCAUUGAAUGACUCCCUUGAUUACGGUGGCAAUUUUGCACACAUGUUGGGAUUUGAUAGUCCCCAGAUGCUUGAGUUGAUGCGUCUUUAUGUCACAAUUCACAGUGAUCACGAGGGUGGAAAUGUUAGUGCGCACACUGGCCAUCUGGUGGGUAGUGCACUUUCAGAUCCAUAUCUUUCAUUUGCAGCUGCAUUGAAUGGUUUGGCUGGCCCACUCCAUGGAUUAGCCAACCAGGAAGUCUUGUUGUGGAUUAAAUCAGUUGUCGAUGAAUGUGGGGAGAACAUCUCAACAGAUCAGUUGAAAGACUAUGUUUGGAAGACAUUAAACAGUGGCAAGGUUGUACCUGGAUUUGGCCAUGGAGUUCUGCGGAAGACAGACCCUAGAUACACUUGCCAAAGAGAAUUUGCAUUGAAGCACUUGCCUGAUGAUCCCCUUUUUCAAUUGGUGUCAAAGCUGUAUGACGUGGUGCCUCCUAUUUUGACAGAGCUUGGAAAGGUUAAGAACCCAUGGCCGAAUGUUGAUGCUCAUAGUGGAGUUUUGUUGAACUAUUAUGGACUGACGGAAGCUAGGUACUAUACAGUUCUGUUUGGUGUGUCAAGGAGCCUUGGAAUUUGCUCACAGCUUAUUUGGGACCGAGCUCUUGGUUUGCCACUCGAGAGGCCAAAGAGUGUGACGAUGGAAUGGCUCGAAAAACAUUGCAAGAAAGGAGCAUAAUUAGAACGAGGACAUAAACUCAUUACAAUUCUAUAGGAAUUUUCAAUAAGGACAUAAACAUUGCUAAAAAAGUAUCCUUUAUGGAUAUGAAAGGAUAACGAGUAAUUUUGCACUUGAUUUUUUUUUUUUUUCUUUUUGCAGCAAGGGUUGGUUUUUGGCAUUUUCUUGCCUUCAAAAUUUUUUAUAGAUCGUUGAGAACAUGAACUAAUAAGAACUUAUGCGAGGAAUUCAUUCAGAACAGAAACUUAGAAUUGGAAUAUGAAAUCAGCGGAACCAACUAUCAGUGUGCUGAAUAAUGUGUUGCUUAUUUUGUUCAAGUUUUAUAGUUGUAUUACGCAAGAUCGAAGUGGUAGAUUUUGAAGUGUUUACGUGUAUACUCAUUGGUUAUAAACUAAAAAAAUUGUAUUGAUUGUUAGCUGUUUGUUAA